AUGACAAUCUCGCUACUCAAACUACCAUUUAUACCGCUGGAACUGAUUCUUCUCAAUGCAAAUUUAUCAGAAUUAAUCCAUUUCUCUAUGAUAUCCAAAAGGUGUCAUCAAAUAGUGAAAAGACUCAGAAUCCCAUAUUUGACGUUGUUAGAAAUGCGGGUCAACAGAGAAUCCACGUGUGUUAAGCUGAAAUCUGGAAAAGACAUUUUAGGGGGUUGGCAUUUUUUGAAUUAUAAAGAAGAUGAAGAUGAAGAGAUGAAGCCUAUAGACAGGAUAAUUCUAGGAUGCCCGGUGAAGACGUGCAUUCUGGAUGAUCACAUCUACUCAUUUACUUUUCAUGAUGUCAAGAUAUUAGUUAGAGCUGGAUCUCACUAUCUGAUGGAUUUAUUUAAACUAGAAAUUUAUAAAGCAUGGCUCGACGCAGACCAAGUUCCAUUUGCAAGAAGUCCUUAUUUCUACCCAUUUAAAAAUUUGAGAGAUAUAUGGAUCUUUGGAGAAAAACCGAUGGAUCCUGACGAUUUCAAAUACUUAGUGGAGAAUAUAGCACCAAGUUAUAAUCUUUCUAUCAAUCUCCCUUUCGAUCCGAAAUUCAAAUUUAACUCGUUUUUAAAAAAUGAUUCGGAUUAUCUAGCAAUCGGAAAAAGAGCUCAUUGGAUUACAAGCAAAAUGUUUCAUAGUUUUGAUAAUGUUCAUUUACAACUGUUCGGUUGUAGAAUGACUGCAGUGGAUUGCCAAUUAUUUAUUAGUCGAUGGUUUCACUCGAAUAAUACACGGUUCGAAACUUUAAUUCUCAAAUUUAUAAGAGUUCCGGACGCUUACGAUUUCACUGAAUACGAAUUGUUGCCAUUUGAUAGAGAGCGGAGAGGAUUCGCGUUCAAAACACGCUUCAACCACUACAUAGAUUGUACCGACGGAUUAGAUAUCAUCCGCUCCGAUGGACUGUUAGCAACUAUUCUCAUCGGACCGUUCUGGAUCAUCUUCCAUGUAUGGCAUGAUCGUUUCCCAGAUUUGGCAGGGCAUACCAGAUAUGUUUAA